AAAAAGACCCAGCGCGUGUAAGAUCAAGUUUGGUUUCUGGUGGAAAUCUGUGGUGAAGAAGUCUGCAGCUCACUUUCCUUUUUGUUGCAGAAAAGACAAGAACAUUUCUGACUUCAAUUUAAUAAAGGACAAAAUACAACCAGGAUGCAAAUCAAGAUCCUUUCCACUAACAACAUUAUUCAAACAGGAGAAUCAAAACUCUGAAAGAAAGCAGGUGACAUACAGAAUUCCAGCUCUCAUCUAUAUCAGUGACAAUCAAACCUUCCUUGCUUUUGCUGAAAAGAGAAAAACUGCUGACGACACGGAUGCAGAUGUCCUUGUGAUGAGAAAAGGAAUAUGGAAAGAUGAAGGAGUUGAGUGGAAUAGUGGUCAUGAGUUGCUCACUUCAGCUUGUCAACCCAACCACCGCAGCAUGAAUCCAUGUCCGGUCUAUGAGAGAGAUUCCAAGACCCUCUUUCUGUUUUUCACCACUGUUCCUGUUGGGGUCUCUGAACACAAACAAAUACAUAAAAAUGAGAAUCAGGCACAACUUUGUUACAUAACCAGUAAGGACACUGGCAAGACCUGGAGCCAUAUUACCGACUUGACAGCAGAUGUGAUUGGUGAGCAGGUGAAGGACUGGGCCACCUUUGCUGUUGGACCAGGACAUGGUGUUCAAAUGAAGAGCGGGAGACUGAUUAUCCCGGCCUAUGUGUAUCCUUGCCACCCACUCAACUGUAAGCCCACAGCGCAUGCAUUUGCAUUCUACAGUGAUAAUAAAGGAAGCACUUGGCAUGUAGGAAAACGUGUGGAUGGUGAGUCUUGUGAGUGUCAGAUGGCUGAGAUCAUAGACGACAAAGGUAACACUACACUCUACUGCAAUGCUCGAAGUACAUCCGGCCAUAGAGUUGAGGCUCUAAGUAAGAGUGAUGGAGAAAAUUUUGACAAACUUUCAUCUAAACAUAAGCUGACAGAGACUGGACAUGGUUGCCAAGGAAGUGUGUUGAGUUUUGCUCCUGAUCAAGCUCCUGAAAACACAUGGCUACUCUAUUGCCAUCCAACCAAUCCAAGCAAGAGAACGUGCCUUGGCGUCUACUUGAAUAAAACCCCUUUGGAUGCCUCUGGAUGGGAGGAUCAUAAAUUGAUCAUCCAUUUUGGUCCAAGUGGAUACUCAGAUCUGGCUCAUUGUGGGGAUGGAAAACACGUUGCCUGUCUCAUGGAAUGUGGAGAGAUAAGUUAUGUUGAAGGCAUAGCUUUUGCCCUUUUUAAACUCAGUGAUGCCAUCCAGGCCAAAGGCGGUGAAUGAGACCGCAAAACAAGUCAACAUUUUCUUUUAGAUAGUAAAUUAUUAAAAUACUGCUAAAAUAAUGGACAUGUACUCAAAAAACUGAGAUUAGACAUUUUUAGAUCUUCAAAAUAUGAAGAUCUAAUACAAAACUGUUCAAAAGUUUGGGUUCAGUAAGAUUUUUGAUUUUAGAAAUUAAUACUUUUAUUCAGAAAAGAUGCAUUAAAUGAAUAACGAAUCAAAAAACGUUUACAUUGAAAAUAAAUGCUGUUGUUUACAUCUUGCUGUUCCCUAUUCAUCAAAGAAACACUUAUUUUCGCAAAAUGUAAGCAGCACACUGCACAGCUGCAUUCAACCUUCAUAAUAAUAAGAAAUAUUACUUGAGCACCAAAUCUGCUUAUUAGAAUGAUUUCUGAAAGAUCAUGUGACACUAAAGACUGGAGUUAUGAUGCUAAAAAAUUCAGAUUUGCCAUUGAAAUAAAUUAAAA